CCCCCUAUUCCAGAAAGAAACUGGUCUCGCCUCUAGAAUGAAAUGCAUUUUCCAUUAGUUGUGGCUCAUAGGUCCUACAUGACCAGACCUUUGAGAAAAAGUUCAUAAUUUGCUAAACUGGUGUUGCUUAAGCAGGAGUGAUGCUAAAGCAACCUGGAGCAGAAACGUCACAGAAAAGUUUAUUUCCGUUAUGUUCAGUGAAGACGACGAAGACUCUCUCAGGCUAGACAACACGUUACGACAAGACUUUGUGACAGGCUUUACGACAAGGAUUAACGUUAGGCUGGACACCUUUUCCUCGUUAAAAGAGAACAAUGCAGGCUGUUUUGAAGCUUGUCUGUCUGUUAAUAUAUUUUCCAUAUAACGUAACCCAUUCCCUGCAGUACUUCUACACGAUCACAUCAGGAAUCUCAAGCUUCCCAGAGUUUGGAGCAGUUGGAAUGGUUGAUGGUGAGGUCAUCAUUCAGUAUGACAGCAACACACGAAAUGUGGUUCCCAGGCAGGCAUGGAUAAAGGAGCAUCUGGAUCAGGAGUACUGGAAAUCAGAGAAGGAGCUGGCCUGGAUUGCUAAGGUGGCCCUUAAGGAGGACAUUCGGAUUUUAAAAGAACGCUUUAAUCAGACAGAGGGAGUGCAUGUUCUCCAGAGACGGUAUGGCUGUGAGUGGGAUGAUGAGAGUGACGUCACCAGUGGCUAUGAGCAGUAUGGUUAUGAUGGAGAGGACUUCAUCUCACUGGAUCUGAACAACAUGAGAUGGGUGGCUGCAAAACCACAAGCAAUCCUGACCAGAAACAAAUGGGACACCUAUGAGUCCAGUUAUAGUAGCAGGACACAGUACUUCACCCAGAAUUGCUGUUAUUGGCUGAAGAAGUAUGUUCAGUAUGGGAACAGUACUCUCGGAAGGAAAGUGCCCCCUAGGGUCUCUGUGUUCCUGGGACGCAUCUCCUUUUCAGCGGUGUGCCACGCUACAGAUUUCCACCCAAAGGGAAUAAACAUGACCUGGAGGAGAGAUGGAGAAAAGAUGCAUGAGGAUGUGGAUGUGGGAGAGACGCUGCCCAAUGGGGAUGGAACCUUCCAGAAGAGAGCUGAGCUCACAGUGUCACCUGAGGAGAGAAAGAGAAGUCAGUACACCUGUGAGGUGGAACACAUAAGUGGAGAACCAACACUCGUCACCCUGACUGAGGAAGAGGGAAAACCUGUUGGAGCCAUUAUAACUGGAUGUGUGAUUGGAGCUCUUGUUCUUACUUCUAUUUGCUUGGUUAAGAAGAAAAAGAGAGAAUGCAAGAAGGCAAACCACUGUGACAGAGAUUGUGACUACUCUGAAUCUACAAAGCCAUAGACUGCAAAAAUGGCAACUCCUUGCUCAUGUUCCUCAACUGCCUUUUUUACAAUGCUGCCCUUCUUUAACAGCCUAAUACAGCAUAUUGCAUGACUGUGUGUGUCCUAUAUUCAAGCAAUGAAGGUCAUCAUAUCUAAUAUAAAAAGUCAAGUGCUUUUCUUGUGCCUGCAUGUCCGCCCCUGAUUAUAGCCUUUUCCUUCAAGCAGUGAUUAAUGAAGCCUAUUGAACAAAAUGAAAAACAUUCACUAAUUACUUGGCUGAUGAACAAAUUUGACAGGAAUGUUAACACUGUGACUGAUGGCGUUACUGACCGAUGCCUGACAACACUAGUUAUGUGCAUGAAAAGUACACAUGACACCUAGUGUGCUGGUUUGGGUUUUGGAAAUCUGGUCAUCUAGCAGACAGAGUAAUUGGAAACUCAAAAUUGUCUACUAUGAGAAGUAAUAAAAAUGGCUUGCUGUAAUUAAUAAAUGCCAGUUGGGUAUUGUGAAUGAUGAAUACUACACAGUGGUUUAUCAAAUCACUUCACAGUUUAUCACUCUAUUUUUCAAUUAACAUCACCUUCCUUAAGCCUGUAAAGGAGAGCUAGGGUGGAAGAAGACGAGAAGGCCUCUGAAGGAAGGGUAUAGAAGGAAGGGUGGCCUCUGGGCGGAAACAUAUCUAGGGAAAAUAUUUAACAGGGUAAGGCGGAAUCUAUGAAGCAGCACUAUGGUUCCGACUGAGCUAGAGACCUGGCAGAAGGGUUUUAUUCCUUUAUUUCCUUUUAUCACGAUUUUAGUAAUCCAAGAAGCCUAUCGGAACAUCAGG